AACAAUUGAUACAACAACAUCUUUGGUUUCCACAACCACCUUUUCAACAUCCUCAACGGUUGAACCAUCGUCAGCAACAUCUGAUGCAGCAACCACAAGUAUUCCUGAUACCACAACAAUGAUAGAUGCAACAACAAAUUUGGCUUCCAUAACAACUCCUACAACAUCCUCAACUGUAGUGCCAGUAUCAACAACAAGUGAUGCAUCAACAACAACUCUGUCUGACACCACAACAACAAAAACUGAUGCAACAACAGUUUUGGCUUCCACAACCGCACCUCUGAUAUCGACCACUAUAGCACCAGCAUCAACAUCUGAUGCAGCAACCACAAGUGGUCCUGAUACCACAACAAUGAUAGAUGCAACAACAACUUUGGCUUCCACAUUCACUCCUACAACAUCCUCAACUGUAGCGUCAGUUUCAACAACAACUGAUGCAUCAACAACAACUCUGUCGGACACCACAACAACAACAACAACUGAUGCAACAACAGUUUUGGCUUCCACAACCACACCUCUGACAUUGACCACUAUAGCACCAGCAUCAACAUCUGAUGCCAAAACCACAAUUGUGCCUGACACCACAACAACAAUUGAUACAACAACAUCUUUGGCUUCCACAACCACCUUUCCAACAUCCUCAACGUUUGAACCAACGUCAACAACAUCUGAUGUAGCAACCACAACUCUGUCUGACACCACAAAAACAUCUGAUGCGACAACAACUUUAGCAAACACAACCACCACUCCAACACCCUCAACUCUAGCAUCAGUGUUAAAAACAACAACUGAUGAAUCAAAAACAACUCUGUCUGACACCACUACAACUACUGAUGCAACAACAACUUUGUAUUCCAAAACCACCCAUCUAAUGUCAACCACUGAUGCAUCAACCACAACUCUGCCUGACACCACAACAACUACUGGUGCUGCAAUUGUGACUUCCACAACCACCCCUCCAACAUCUUCGACAGUAGGACCAACGUCAACAACUGAUGAAUCAACCACAACUCUGCCUGACACCCCAACAUCUACUGAUGCAACAACAGUUUUGGCUUCCACAACCGCACAUCUGACAUCGACCACUAUAGCACCAGCAUCAACAUCUCAUGCAGCAACCACAACUAUGCCUGACACCACAACAACAAUUGAUACAACAACUUCUUUGGCUACUACAACCACCUUUCCAACAUCCUCAACUGUUGAACCAACGUCAACAACAUCUGAUGCAACAACCACAAGUAUUCCUGAUACCACAACAAUGAUAGAUGCAACAAACAAAUUUGGCUUCCAUAACAACUCCUACAACAUCCUCAACUGUAGUGCCAGUAUCAACAACAAGUGA